UUGACAUUUUAUUCCAGCUCAACAUAUCAGCUGUGCAGGCCUAAAUUUUAAACAUUUUAACAACUAUAAUUUUCGACUAAAUAUCAAUAAAAAAAAAUAGUCUUGCUAUCCAAACAGUCUGAAAUUCUGUCAGUCUUGCAACAAAUAGUUCAGGGUAAUUAUCAUGGCCAAUUGCGAUGUGCAAGCCACUCCAUCGGAUGAGAAUAAAAUUGAGGACCCAGCGCAAGCCGAAUCAGUUAAUAAGUUCGAAGAACGAAUUACUAAAAGCGGAACUGUCCAUAGGUCAACGAGGAUUCCGGGACCCAUACGCUUGGAUGAGAACGGUUGCUACGUCCAAACAAGCACACGCAAGUACACCUCUCUGAUGAAGACGCUGCAGAUGAAGAGUGAGAUGAACGAUAGUUUCAGCAGCACCAGCACACUGGUGAACACAACUGAGGAUUCUGGCGUCCAAUUGGAUUGCUCAACAACUGUCGACGACGAUGAUUCCAGUUCUGAAAUUCUAACCCAAUCUAGCAACUCCACGCCAUGCGAACAGCGCAGCUCGGAGACGAUUGCGACCAGUGAAAGGCUGGAUGAACUGGAAGCCGCCGAACAGCAGACGUUGAGGGUGCUGCAACGCGCCGUGGCCGAAAUGGAGGCAGAUGUCGCAUUGCACGCUGAGAUACUCGAAGAACAGAUCACGCUUGAGCUGGAGAACCAAUUGAAUUUACACAUUGAGAACGAAAUCCAAAAGGAGAUUGAAAAGACGCUGAUCCAACAAACAAUGGAUCAGCAGGAACAACAGCAGGAUGAGGAGCAGCAAGAACAGCAACAGUCAGAAGAAGCGAAAUCUAUUCAGGAGCUUGAGUUUGAGCUAGAGCUAAAUCUGCAGCUGAUCCCAGAGCCAGCAAAUCACCAAACGGAUUUCAUCGAUCUGUGUCAGCCCCUGGAUGGCAGAGAGACGAGCAAUCCAUCUCCCAGGGCUGGCACACGCGAGCGAAAGCACGUGCGAGUGGAGGAACUGCUUGAGGCAGAACAUGACAUGGAGCUGCUGCACAAGCUACUCCAAGUCGACAACGAUCAGUACACUGGAGAGGUGGGUGCUCUGCCACAGCCCCAUGAGGUCCAUUGUCUAUCCGACCUAAAUGCUGGCAGAGAUAUACUAGUCAACCUGGAUAGAAUCACGACUGAUGACGAGCCUGAGUGGCAUCGAAAGCGGUUGAGCAUCUUUCAAUCGCUGCUGCAGAUUAUCUGCGGAAAUCGCAUCCGCAAGCUGAGCUACCCCAUACUAUUUUGUGGCAUGGCUGUCGGUUUGAUUUAUUACUUUCGUAAGAAUUAGGGAAUUGUAGGCGUACACAUUUUUAAAUUCAACCACACAAAUUCUUGAGCUUUGUACAUGCGCGACAAAACGCUACAAAAUCGAACUU